CAACAUGGAUGGACAUUGAGGGUAUAAUGCAAAGUGAAAUAAGUCAGAGGGAGAAGGUCAAAUAUCGUAUGAUUUCCUUCAUUAAGUAGUAGAAAAUAACAACAAUAGCCCCUCACGCACCCAAGGGAUCCAGGAUUGGAAAGGACAACUUCUCCCACCUCGUUUUUGGGUCAGCUUCCUCCACCUGCAUCACUGCAUGACACAGACACAGACAUGAGCAAUCAGGAAGUGAUUUAUUCCUCCUUGAGGGUUCUUCAGUCUCCUUCAGAGUCACAAAAUAGGUCAAGGCCUGGUGCUACUCAAAGACAUGGGAAAACUGAUGACAAAGAGUUUUCAGUGCACUGGCAUCUCAUUGCAGUGAUUCUUGGGAUCCUCUGUUUACUUCUUUUGGUGACAGCCACAGUGUUGGGGACAAAGUUUUUACAGUGUAUUCGAGAAAAACACCAACAGGAGGAAAUUCUACGAAAUCUCAGUCAAAAUUGCCACAAUAUACAAAAUGCUGCCUACUUAAAGGAGCAGCUUUUGAAUAAGACUUUAGAAUAUGACAUUCUCGAAAAUGAAACCCUUCAGCAGAAAAAGAAACUGGACUCACUCUUUAUAGAAAAGAAGAGAUGUCAUAGAAAACAGGAGAGCUUUUCAAAGUCUCUGCAAAAUACAGGCAAACUCUAUGAAGACCACUGGUCCUGUUGUGGAGGAAAGUGUUAUUAUUUUACCACUGAACAAAAAGACUGGAAGGGAUGUAAACAGACUUGCCAAAGUUGCAGUUUAUCUCUUUUGAAGAUAGGUGAUAAAUAUGAACAGACCUUCAUCCAAGCCCAGACUCAUCCUGAUUACUACUGGAUUGGAUUAUCAUAUAAUGAGAAGGAAAGUAAAUGGAAAUGGAUUGACAAUGACACAAGUUCUGGAAUUAAUUUGACAAUAAUGAGUUUGCCUCCUGGGAGAGAAGAAUGUGUGUUUUUAACCUCAACAAGGAUAGACAAUACUGAUUGCUCUAAAACCUAUAAUUGUAUAUGUGAGAAGAGAAUUGAUUGUGUUUCCACUGCCUGCUUCAAGUAGACACAGAAGAAAAGGUGAAAUGGAAUUUUGUCCUUUAUGUCUGUUUUUUUCCUGUGAUAAUUUGCGAUUAUUUACAAAUUAAUGUUUUUGACAGUAAGACUUAUUCCAUUGUGGAAAAAGAGAUGAGUUGGAAGAGGAAGAAAAUGCUCUUUUGGGCUAUGAUUUAAGAGAUCAGAUGCCGGCUGUCUUCCUGGGGAAGAGGGGAAGAUUUUGUCUUUGGAAAUCAGUUAUCCCUCUCUUUAAUGGCCCAGAGAAAGUCUCUCUUUCUCUUUCCUUGAACUACCUACAGAACCAAUUAGAAAACUCUGGAUCUGUUCCUUACCCAUAGGGUAAAUCAUUUCCAUAGCCUUAUGCUUGAGGAGAUAGCACAAUUAAGAACUAAGAAAUAGUUAUCCUGCCCAUCUCCCAUCUAGAUGCUUACCUCUCAUUUAAUUUAUUUUUUACUUUGCUAUGAUUUCAACUUAUUGAAUAGUUGAAACAAUAGUACCAGGAACUCUCAUAUAACCUUUACCCAUAGUUGCCAUUUGUUUAUAUUUCGCUCUAGCUGCGCUUUACAGUUCUCUCUCUCUCUCCAUACCGAUCCACUUGAUAAUAAACUGGGGGCAUUUGUCCCUUUGUCUAAAUAUUUUACAAAAACAAGAACUUUGUCUUGUAUAACCAUAGUACAAUUAUCAAAAUCAGGAUAUUUAGCAGUUCUACAGUACUAUGAUUUCAUCUAUAAUCUGUAUUCAAGUUUUGUCAACUGUCUGGACAAGGUCAUUUAUAGGUGAUUUUCCUUCAUGUUCAGGAUCAUGCAAUACAUUUAGUUGUGAUAUCACUUUAGUCUCCUUUAAUCUGGGACACUUCUUCAGGAUUUCUUUGUCUUCCUUCUCUUGACAUUGUAAAAAUCAACUUUACUGAGUCAUACUUUCAUAUAAUAAAAUGCAUCUAUUCUAAAUCAUGAGAUCAAUGGGUUUUUAACAAAUGUAUACACCUCUCAAAUACCAUCAAAUCAAGACAGAACAUUUUCAUCACCUCCAAAAGUUCUUUUCUGCCCCUCCCCACCCACCUGGCCCCAGGCAACAAGUGAUAUGCUUUCUGUCACUAUAAAUAAAUUUUCCCUAUUAUAGAUUUUCAUACAUCAUGUGCUCUUUUGUAUCUGACUUCUUUUUGCUCAGCAUGUUUUCGAAAUUAAUUCAUGUUCUUUUGUGUAUCAUUAGUUCAU